CUUUCCUCUUCGGCAGGGCAGAAAAUUCUAAAAAAUAUCGCCUUUUGAGUCUGCCCUGCUUCUUUCUCCUCAUCACUCCAUCGAAUCCCUUAUCCAUUACUGGGAAAUCCCAAUCUAUCGCAGCUCAACCAAAAAAACCAGCAAAAGCGGAAGAAGAAGAAGAAGAAGAAGAAGAAGAAGAAGAGGACCGCGAAGGAAUAUCGCUAAGACCUGAACUCAACGCUUCCGGCGGUCAUGUUGACGGAAAAGAAUAAAAUGAGAUUGCUGGAAGAAGACGAGCUCUUUCCUUCAACACCAGGGAAGGUAAAGAUCGAGCGUGCCCACACCAUAAACCGCCAGUUCCACCGUUGCUUCGCAUCGACAUCCACCACCUUCCUCUGGGCACUCUUCCUCAUCGCCCUCACCGCCUCUUACCUGUCUUUUCAAUCCUUCGUCUCCACUUCCUCUCGCUUCCUCUCCUCUUCCGCCUGGGAUCGGCAAGUCCGCACCUCCGCCUCACCUCGCCGCCCCCACGGCCUCUCCGUCCUCGUAACCGGUGCUGCCGGCUUCGUCGGCUCCCACUGCUCCCUCGCCCUCCACAAACGCGGCGACGGCGUCGUCGGCCUCGACAAUUUCAAUUCCUACUAUGAUCCCUCGUUAAAACGCGCUCGCCGAGAUCUCCUAUCCCGCAACUCCAUCCUCCUCAUCGAUGGCGACCUCAACGACCACCGCCUCCUCUCCAAGCUCUUCUCCCUCGCCCAUUUCACACACGUCCUUCACCUCGCCGCCCAAGCUGGCGUCCGCUACGCCAUCGAAAACCCCGCUUCUUACGUCCACUCCAACAUCGCCGGCCUCGUUUCUCUCCUCGAAGCCGUCAAAUCUGCCGACCCCCAACCCGCUGUCGUGUGGGCAUCCUCCUCCUCAGUCUACGGCCUCAACGACAAAUCCCCCUUCUCCGAAUCCGACCGCACCGAUCGGCCCGCCUCUCUCUACGCCGCCACCAAGAAAGCCGGCGAGGAGAUCACUCACACCUACAACCACAUCUAUGGUCUCUCCAUCACCGGCCUCCGUUUCUUCACCGUGUACGGACCGAUGGGCCGCCCUGACAUGGCCUAUUUCUCCUUCACCAAAGCCAUUCUCGCCGGUAAGCCGAUCACGAUCUACCGCGGAAAAGAUGGCGUCGACUUAGCCCGCGACUUCACUUACAUCGACGACAUCGUGCGCGGCUGCCUCGCCUCCCUCGACACCGCCGGAAAGUCCACUGGCUCCGGCGGUAAGAAGAGCGGUCCGGCGCCGUACCGGAUCUUCAACCUCGGCAAUACCUCACCGGUCACCGUUCCGACUCUCGUCUCCAUCCUCGAGAAACACCUUAAGGUAAAAGCGAAGAAGAAAAUCGUAGAGAUGCCCGGAAACGGCGACGUUCCUUUCACACACGCCAACAUUUCUCUCGCCAUGGCCGAGCUCCGGUACAAGCCUAGCACGAAUCUCGAGGCCGGAUUGAAGAAGUUCGUCAAGUGGUAUAUCUCUUACUACGGCCGAUCCUCGCGAGGAGGACGGAAGACUAAUCUGUAAAUUUUUUCUUUCCUUUUUUAACUGGAAAUUGAGAAUUCCUUUAUUUUCUGUAAUUUUUGGGAUUCUUAAGGGGUUUAUCGUAGUUUUCAAACAAAAUCAAGAAAUGCAUUGUACUAUUACUAUUUGAUUAUUUCCGUGGCGGAAGGAGGAAGUAAGAGUUAGGAAAGAAGCCUCGUUGGAGUUCUUAUUUUUACUUUUAAUUUUUAUUUUCUUUAUUUUUACAUAAAUGACAGUUUUGCC